AUGAACAACGUUAACACUAUCGAUCUCGUUCACCCCCCUAUCUUUAAUCCUCACAAGUGGAUUGGGAAGGGAAGAAUAUUUGAUAUAAAAACACUUCCACAGUCAGUACUCGAUGCUCGUUCUGCUGCGCUCGUUAUUCCACCCACAUACAUUGAACACAUUCCUUCUCCCGACCUUUCCGUUACUGAUUUUCUGAAUACAUCCUUGCCCACUCGAUCCCCGACCAUUGUCACUGUGAAGACCGCAUGGAGAAAGAGUGAGGAGUGGCUUUCCAGUGCAUCGAAGACUGGAGAGGCGGCCGUUGUAAUGGCACAUGCUCGAGAUCUGUUCCCUGCUGUGCCUUGGAAGGGCAAUGGUGGCAGAUCCAUCGAAUUCACAAAUUUACUUGGGAUGGGAUGGAUAAUGGAUGAACUCAUAGAUCUAAUGAUGACGCACCUUGCUCGCCGUGCCCGUGCACAGUUCCACAUAAAACGAAUCUUCAUUGCAAACUCAAGGCUCUCUGAGGCUAUCAAGGGUGUUACACCUUCUGGCAACACGCCCCCUCUGCUUUCAAAAUGUCAAGAUCAGAUUGUCACCUUGCACUACGAGCUGUUGAUGUUCCCUGUUCACGUCCAUGGCAACCACUGGAUUGCUAUUGCUGUCAACUUUGACAAACAAACCAUUGCUAUUGGAGAUUCCUUGCGGGGACAGAUACUGCCACCGAACCAAUUCAUGAAGCAGCUGCAGUGUUGGCUUCUGCAUGCAUUCAAGGUCCAAUAUAGCGUCGACCAGAAAGGCAUGGCAUGUGCCUUGCAAAAUGACACAUAUUCGUGCCCCAAAAAAUUGGUUGCACGAGCUACCUGGUUCACGCUACUUGCGAGAGAUUGGCUGAAUGAUCGAGACCAAAACACUGAGCUUGACAUUGAAGAUAUACCUGACACGUCAGUCAGUGCAGUCCUAUCAGGGUCUCCCCGAGUCGACAAAAAGAAUUCUUUAUCCUACAUUCUCAAUAUCACGCCUUCCGACACACCUUCCGACACACCAGAACGAGCACCUUCCGACACACCACCGAACGAGUUGAAGGAAACUACGAGAGAGUCUGUGGAGUUACCGAAGGGAGGCUUAUUGAAUUGGCUGAACCAGGUGCCGAAGCCAGGAGAAAAACGCACCCAUUCGAAAAUUGAUCUGGUUUAUACUGAGACACUGUCAUUGCAAGGGCAGCAGAGGAAAAAGGCAAAAGUAGUUGUUGAGGAACACUCUGGUGGCCCAGUCGGGAUGAGCCAAUCUGCGACUGCUUCGCGUGAUUUGCGUGCUGUGGCAAAGAGUGGCCAGUUCAAACCAUGCCUGAAGAAGAUGGGCACUUGGAAGAAGAAGAUUAUCGAGCUCGAUCCAGACGCUGUAGCUCAAGAUGACUGUCAGACAGUCAGACAUUCAAAAUGCGGUCGUACCAUCAAAGUCAAAGAACCAUAUGAUGUUUCGAGGUUUCGAGAGCAUGUCACGAAAAAGUGUGCUCAACUGAAGUUGUUGACUCCCGCUGCUGGAACCCCAACUGUCACUCAGUGGACCAAGAAGUUUGAUAUACGAAUGAAGACCAACAUCGAAUCCGAGACGAGCACGCAUUCCCUUACUAACCCCACCUUAUCCACACCCGGUCUUCCCUGCCCUGGCAUUACAUUGCAAAACGAACCUUUGAUAGAGAAUUAUCUAACCCGAACGGCGGGUCCCUGGAGGAGGCUCAAGCUCAGUUAUUGA